AUGAUCAGAGCUGUUUUCUUUGAUAUAGGGGGUGUUGUCGUGUCCUCGCCCCUCAUUGCCAUCCAUGCAUAUGAAAAAACGUUGUCGCUACCACCGGACUACCUCAACGUUCAAAUUGUGUCUCGAGGAGAAGGUGGGGCUUGGCAACAAUUCGAGCGUGGGGAGCUUCCCAUCUUUGAAUUUUAUGAAUUGUUUGGGCGGGAACUGUCGGAUACCAAGAAGGGGAAUGAAUGGUAUUCCCAACACCUAAGGAAGAAAGGAGUCGACCCUGAAACGGUUGAGCUUCCCAAGUCACUGGCUAUCAAUGGGCGUGAGCUUUUUGGGAUGAUGAUGCGAGGGGCUCAAUACGAUCGAUACAUAAUAGAAGCCAUUGGACACAUUCGCGCUAGCAAAAAGUUUCUUACCAUAGCUCUAACAAAUAACUUUAUCGAGCCCUACAAUUCAAUCCUAGCCACUCCUCCAAGCGCAACAUUCACACCCCAAGAGGAACUCGCCUUCCUAGGCUGGACCGAGGGUGCCGUUCCAAAAGCUCUCAGGGAUUUGUUUGACGACUUUAUCGACUCAAGUCAAGUAGGAAUGCGCAAGCCCGAACCGGAGUUCUUUUUGUAUGCCUGCAAAAAGCAUAAUCUGAAACCGGAGGAAGUAGUCAUGCUUGACGACCUAGGAAUAAACCUCAAGGCUGCCCGUACACUUGGAAUGAAAACAAUACUUGUUCCCAUCGGGGAGACCAAGCAGGCUGUCCUGGAUCUACAGAAUAUUUUAGACAUCUCUCUGUUAAGUGCCGUUGACACUACUUCGAAGCUAUGA